AUGUCUUUGAUACCUGUUGAAAUUCUUCGUUUAGUUUUUGGACUUUUAUCUAAAGAUAAGAAGUCUUUACGUUCUUGUCUUUUAGUGAAUCGAACUUGGUGUGAAAGUGUUGUUUCAAUUUUAUGGAAUGAUCCAUUUCAAUUUCUUAAUGAACCAUCUUCUUUAAUUAUUCAAACUCUUAUUUCGUGCUUUAAUGAAUCUGAAUUAGAAGUUUUACAGAAUCGAGGAAUCAAUAUAGAAGAUUUAAUAAUGAAUAGACCUACUUUUGAUUAUGCGACUUUUUUGAGACAUCUAAAAUACGUUAGUUUAUAUGAUUCAACUUCUGUUUGGCUAAUGCAAAAUUUAGGUCAAGAGGGUAAGAAUAAUCCCCUCGUAUUUUUUGUAAUCAGAGAACUUUGUAAGCUUAUAAUGAAUCGUUGUAAGACUCUUCUUACUUUAUCUAUUAGCACUGAAGGCAUGGUAUAUUUUAUUGAUGAGAAUGAUUAUGUAUCAAUACCAUGUUUUCCUGGUGCUAGUAAUUGUUUAUCUCUUCUUCAGGAAUUCACUUGUUGUGGAGCAUUUGAUAAGAAAAAAAUUUUUAAGACUAUGGCUAAGAUAUGUAGAAAUAUUCGAUAUUUAAAUAUCGAUUAUUAUUUGGAUGAUCGGAAAACUGCGGCUCCUUCGGAGCUGGUAAAACUUAUCAAAAGUCAACAAGCUUUAAUAUGGUUCAAACUUGCUAUAUUUGAUAGAGUAUCUGACAUUGUUUCUGCUUUGAAAAGUCAAGAGAAAUCUUUAACAUAUGUGGAGUUUCGUGGUAUUGAAUUUGAGGAUGAUGUUACAUUUGAAUCACUUGUGAAUUGUACCAAUUUGAGGUCUUUUUCUUUAUUAUCAUGUGAUAGUGUGACUGAAAAAACAUUAGAACCUUUAGCAACUGCUUCUUUCCCUAAAUUGAAAACAUUUAUCUUUAAAAUUUUACCAAAACCACCUGCUGCUGUAGCAUCAUUUAUUCGCAGUAAUUGUAUUAGUUUACAAGAAUUAAUUUUGGACUGGCAACCAAUCACCGAUCUAGCUGAUGAUCCAGAAAUUAUUGAAACUAUUAUUGAGCAUUGUCCUAAUAUAACAAGUUUUGACGCACAUUUAAAGAUUCCACAACAAUUAAUUCCUUUUCUACGAGCAUGUACUGAAUUAAGAAGUUUAACUGUUCAUGGUAAAGAGCGAGUAGUUGCCGAUGAACUCUUACCGCAACUUGGUCCAUUAAUUCCUGCGAAUAUGUUCAAAUUAAAUAUAUGUGCUAUUUGGACAUUUACUCCAUCAGCAUUACAAGAAUUUUUAGAUUCAUGUAUUGCUCCAUUAGAAUUUUUAGGUAUUCGAGAAUGUUACGAUAUAACAGAUGAACAUCUAGACAUCCUUACACGGUACGCGGAAAAGGGAUCAUUGAAAUAUUUGAAUAUUAAGGCUGCAUCAAGGAUCACGAAAGAAGGAUUAGAAAAUAUCUGUAGUGUUGUUGAUGUUAUAGAGCACG